GGCGGCCGUUCCGCGGUAUUACCAAGCUCGAGACUACAGUAACAAGCGGACUCACGCACACAUGAGAUAGAUGGAAUUAUAACAAUGGAAUAUCACUGCGUUCUGUUUACUGUUUUGUUACAGUUAAUCGUCCAACCAGGCAGGUCCAAGCCAACUAUAACCCCGGACGGACCCUGGCUCACAGUUCCACUGAACGGUGACUUCAAUUUGCUUUGCCACAGUGACAGUUCAGUGCGAUGGAUACGAGAAGAUCGUCCAUCACGGACACUGAAAGAGGAACAAAGGAAGGGCCAACUGACAGUUCUGAAAGUGACCAGAGCAGGCCCACAACACAUGGGCAAAUAUUCAUGUCAGGAGGAGAGCUCUGGUGAAAAGAGCUCCAUCUAUGUAUAUGUUAAAGAUCCUGAAAAUCCCUUCAGGAGGGGCAUCGUGUUUGACAUUGUUGCGGGAGAAGCAGACACAGCCACAAUCCCAUGCUUGGCGACAGACCCCAAUAUGUCAGACUUGCACCUGGAGAAAUGUGACGGACGGUCCCUACCUGACAGCCUGAGAUAUUCGACCAGCAUUGAGACGGGUGUGGCAUUGCAAGAUGUUAGGAAGCACUUUGAGGGAUGUUACGUCUGCGUCGGGACUCUGGCAGGAGUCACGGUUAAAUCUGGAGAAUAUCAACUCAAUGUCCGCCUCGGCAGGUCCAAGCCAACUAUAACCCCGGAUGGACCCUGGCUCACAGUUCCACUGAACGGUGACUUCAAUUUGCUUUGCCACAGUGACAGUUCAGUGCGCUGGAUACGAGAAGAUCGUCCAUCACGGACACUGAAAGAGGAACAAAGGAAGGGCCAACUGACAGUUCUGAAAGUGACCAGAGCAGGCCCACAACACAUGGGCAAAUAUUCAUGUCAGGAGGAGAGCUCUGGUGAAAAGAGCUCCAUCUAUGUAUAUGUUAAAGCAUUCCUCUCAGCAGAUCCUGAAAAUCCCUUCAGGAGGGGCAUCGUGUUUGACAUUGUUGCGGGAGAAGCAGACACAGCCACAAUCCCAUGCUUGGCGACAGACCCCAGUAUGUCAGACUUGCACCUGGAGAAAUGUGACGGACGGUCCCUACCUGACAGCCUGAGAUAUUCGACCAGCAUUGAGACGGGUGUGGCGUUGCAAGAUGUUAGGAAGCACUUUGAGGGAUGUUACGUCUGCGUCGGGACUCUGGCAGGAGUCACGGUUAAAUCUGGAGAAUAUCAACUCAAUGUCCGCCUCGUUCCAGAUGCACCACCUCUGAUCACACUGGGUCAGCCUCAAAAAAUGCUGCUCACCCAGAGCGAAAAGCUCUCUCUAUCCUGCUCCACCUCAAAUGUCAACAGCGACAUCACAAUCAAGUGGAAGGCUCCGAGCGGAGUGCAACCAUCAGUUCAGCUAUCAUCACGUCUCCUGACUGAGCCUAUUUCCCACGUACGGACAGCCACUCUCAACCUGGCCUCUGUGACGCUACGAGACGCAGGAAGUUACAGCUGUGAGGCAAUGAAUGAGAGAGGGACAAGUACAAAAUCUGUCUGGGUUGACAUCUAUGGUAAAGGCUUUAUUAACCUAACAAGUGUGGAUAACAGUACUAGGAGAGUGAGGGCUGGAGAAAGUCUGUCCCUGCGUGUGUUAAUGGAUGCUUACCCAAAACCUCACACAUUCUCUUGGAGCUACAGUGGAAUAAAACUUACCAAUACUACUGAUCAUGUCAUUACCAGCCGGUCACAUGGGAACAGUUACACCAGCGAGCUGAAACUGGUGCGUCUGAAGGUGUCAGAAAGCGGCGUGUACACCUUUUCAUGCUUAAACCGAGACGCAACUGUCCACCAAACAUUCGAAGUCCACGUCAUAAGUAAACCACAGAUUGUGUCUUAUGAAGGUCCAAUUGAUGGACAGGUGCGCUGUGUUGCUGAGGGUUACCCCACCCCUCAGAUCCAGUGGUAUUACUGUGAUCAACCACAUUCAAGGUGCUCCAAUUUGCUGAAUGCUACUCAAGAGGAGGAGGAUGUUGUAACCGUAACUAUGACGAAUCCACCCUUUGGGAAGGGCGCAGUGGAGAGCCGUCUAAACAUCACCAAGAGCAAUUACCCCACCCUUGAAUGUGUGGCAUCUGCCAACGGAGAAAUCGUAUACACUCUCUUCUCUAUCAGCGAAAGCACUGUUCCUCAUGAGCUCUUCACACCGCUACUCAUCGGUUUUGUUGCCGCUGCAGUUAUCCUUGUUCUGAUCCUUAUUGUGCUCUCCUACAAGUACAUGCAGAAACCCAAAUACCAAAUACAGUGGAAAGUCAUAGAGGGUAUCCAUGGAAAUAGUUAUGUGUACAUUGAUCCCACUCAGCUUCCUUAUGACCACCAAUGGGAGUUUCCCCGAGAUAAGCUUCGAUUUGGAAAAACUCUUGGGUCUGGUGCAUUUGGGAAGGUGGUGGAGGCCACUGCUUACGGAAUGUCCAAGGCAGACACAGUGAUGACUGUAGCUGUGAAGAUGCUGAAACCAAGUGCUCAUGCCACUGAGAAAGAGGCCCUGAUGUCAGAGUUGAAGGUGCUUAGUUAUCUUGGCAACCAUAUAAACAUUGUCAACCUGCUAGGAGCCUGCACUGUUGGAGGUCCAACUCUAGUUAUAACAGAGUACUGCUGUUUCGGUGACCUGCUGAACUUUCUGCGCAGAAGGAGAGAAUCCUUCUACUGCUCUACACUGGGAGUAGACUCUUACUAUAGGAAUUUUGUGCUACAGCCAGAAGCAAGUGAGAGCAGAAAUGGGUACAUGACCAUGAAGCCCUCGGUAAUGGAAAUUCUGUCUUCUGAAAACAGAUCACUUAACAAAGGUGAUUCAUACACUGAUGCAGAUGCUGUCAGUGAGAUUCUGCAGGAAGAUGGGUUGACUCUGGACACUGAAGAUCUUCUCAGCUUCUCCUACCAAGUCGCCAAAGGGAUGGAUUUCCUGGCAUCCAAAAAUUGUAUUCACAGAGACCUUGCAGCCAGAAACAUUCUCCUCACCCAAGGCAGAGUGGCCAAGAUCUGUGACUUUGGACUGGCUCGGGACAUCACCACUGACUCAAACUAUGUUGUCAAGGGCAAUGCUCGUCUUCCUGUAAAGUGGAUGUCUCCCGAGAGCAUCUUUGAGUGUGUGUACACCUUCGAGAGUGAUGUCUGGUCUUAUGGCAUCCUGUUGUGGGAGAUCUUCUCUCUCGGGAGUAGUCCCUACCCAGGCAUGCCUGUGGACUCCAACUUCUAUAAGAUGAUCAAGGAGGGAUACCGGAUGGAUUCGCCUGAAUUUGCCCCAAGUGAAAUGUACGAGAUCAUGCACUCAUGCUGGGAUCCUGACCCCUUUAAGAGACCCUCCUUUAGCAAGAUAGUGGAGAAGAUUGAACAGCAAAUCUCAGACAGCACCAAACAUAUUUACUUAAACUUCAGCUCCAAGUUGCCAGUGGCACCAGGGCCCCGUGAGGAGACAAGUUCUCAUGACCAUCGGCAAAACUCUGUCGGAAGUCACAGUACCACUACUCAGCCCCUGCUAUCAGGCAACGAUGUCUUCUUGGAGGAAAUGGGGCCUCGUCACCCUCCGGUGUGAAGAUCCCAUGCCUUCUUUACCAAACCAAGGGCUCUGGCAAAUUCCAUUAAUCUAUUGAACUCUUAGCCCUGGUUAUUGGUCAAUAUAUCUGUCUGGCAUACACAAGGACUUAAAUGCAAAACACUGAUCAUCUCUUUUCAGAUCAGAGUCAUAUUCUUUCCAUUACAUUUCUUGCCGAUACUGUGUAUACAAUUUUCACCAGACAAGGCAAUGAUGGUGUUCAUCCCUAUCAACAUUUCAUUUAUGGGACAUAGAUUUGAAUUUAUGCUGGUAUCACUAUUGUACUAAAUCUCCAACACAAGUCUACAGGAGGCCUGAACUUGUUUGAAUCUCUUUGCUUUAAAAUACUGCUACAUGUUAUCAUAUUAACAUACUAAUGAUUCUUUUUCUAAUUGUCGAGUCAAACAGGCUGAUUUGAGCACUGAUUUUGCUUUGUAAUCACCAUGGUGAAAAAAAAAAUUUUGACCGGAGGAAAGUUAGAAUGGAAAUCUUUUAGACAUUCAGUUUGACCUGACCUCUUAGCAGGUAAUGCAGUAUGAUACACCUUAAAGAAAAUAUUGAAUAUUGGCUGAGACUGUCAAAGGGUGUUUUUGUAAAAAAAAAAAAAAAAAAAAAAAGGUAUGCCUCAGUGUGAAUCACAGUUAUUUUACUAAUAACUAUUUUUCUGAUUAUUCAUCUUGUGUAUUCAAAUAUCAAACACAUCAAAGGCUCAUUUUUUUUGGAGAGUAUGUUCAGCAAUGGCUCAGCUUUCUACAUUUGACUGUAUGAACACAUAGCUGCACAAGCCAAGAACAAGCAGCUUUUUGCAUGUUGUGUUUAGAUUAGAAUUGAGAGUAUUUUGUCAGUCGGCAGCUUAACCUGUUUUGUUUCAUCUCAGAAGAUCUGUCCCGUUUAAAUCAACCGCUUUAAGGCACAUUUCAAUUCGUCAUUAACAAACAACUCGUUGUUUACUGUAAACACUCAGUUAAUUUUUUGGUUACACAUCAGUGUUAUGUUCUUGGUUUAUUUUGUCUUUUUUCCUUUCACACAAAGUAAAUUGGGACAGCAAAAUUAUCCAGUGAAGCAGUCAUUCAAGUUUAAUGAGGCAUCAAACUUUUAGAAAGUGUUUUAGGGAUCACUUUAAACAUUGUCAUGUGGCAAUAGCGGCGUCUACCACAUCUUAAAUUCAUCCAUUUCAAUAUUUAGUAAAGAUGGGAUAAACAAAGCUUUUCCCCAUUUUUCACGUCUGAAGUCAACACAUUGAUAAUCCUUCAGAAGUGAUUAUUUCUUAUGUGGCUCUGUAACUGCAAUAGUGACCUGAAGAAGAGCAGUAGCUUUUGUAGCAUUGGUUCUUUUCAUUGCAUCUUUCGUGAAGCUAGAUAAGAUGAUUGAUGCUCUUUUGUACACUUGUAAAUGGUUUGCUCUAGCUUGUUCUGUAUGUGUGUGAAACGUUCUGUUUGUACAUGAAACCAUUUUUGCUGUUAUGGUCAUCACAGAAACAAGAUAGGGGCUCAAGACACAAGAUUGUUUAGAGUAGAGAUGGCUUUGAGAUUGGAUCGUUGCUCUGUUUUCUUGUGUUUGUGGAAAUCAAGGGUUAUUUUGUUCUACAGACUUGACUCAAUUUACUACAAUAACUGUUGUGCCUAACAGAUUACACAGUUUUUUCUGCUCUUUAGCCAAUGAGAAUCUUGCUGUUGAAAAUGAAGCCAAUAGAAAGCUGCUGCUGUGUAGAAAUGGGUGCCAAUGGCUUCUCGCUCUCUGUAGGAAUAGCCAGUAAAGGAUCUGCCAAUUGUAGGAGACAAAAGAGAGAGGCUUUCUAUUAGUUAGAUUAGAUAAUUGGAUUUUCAUUUCAUUAUGGAUCUGCCAAAGGGAAAAGGGCAGAGUAAUCUUCUGAAAAUGAGCUAUGUUCUGAACAUUGCAGUCAACAGCAGCAGAAAACUCAGAGCUGUCUAAACAUCAGUAGUCCAGGCACUCAGUCAGUAGCUCAUUUCCCAGGUCUCCCUCUGUUCUUUGUGUCCAGCUGCUUCCUCCAGCGGAUGCCUCACUUCCACAAAGUCUCAGCCAGGGAGAUCCAACUCAGUCCAUCUCCAAUGCUCCCCCCUUCUUUCUCGCGACACUGGAACAUUGUUCCUGAUGGGCACUGACUUUCGCUUCCAUUUGCGCAUAUGUGUUUGUGUGUGCGUGUGAAUGCGGUUGUGUUUGUGAAUGUGUAAAUGCAGGUCAUUUGCUUUUAAAAUACUAGAGGACUGAUGGGUUCCUCCAAUAAAACUAUUGUAGUUAAUGAACUUCCGACUUUCAGUUCAGCCACUACAUACGUACAUACCAUCACUGUUUGCUCUCUUUUAUGUAAUUGUAUGUAAAUAAGAUAUAUGUAAAUCAUAAUGUUGCUUCUUUUCUGUUAUCAUGGUACGUUCUCUUUUGUGCAGCAAGAAUUUGAUUUAUAUAUAUAUGUGUGUGUGUGUGUGUGUGUGUGUGUGUGUGUGUGUGUGUGUGUGUGUGUGUGUGUCGUUUUCAUUAUCAUUGCUGAAUCUUCCAUCCUUGUUUAGCCUCUUGAUUAAUGUAAUCAUAAGUGCAGAUAUCAGAUAUGCAUUCCAGGUACAGCUGGCUAUUUACUGUAUUUAAUCAAUUAACAUGUUAUAUUCAAUAAUGCUUCUAAUUUCAGUAUUUGCAGUCAUUUGAUUGAUGACAGUACAUGAAACAUACAUGAAAAAUGCUGAUGGUGCAGGAAUCAUAAUUGUGACUGCAUAGUUCUCAUGUGCAUUUACCCACCCCCAACCCACCCCUGGAAAAGAAUGUUUAAUGUAUUUUAUUGUAUAUUUAUUUUACAGUUUUUAUUUUGGAAACAAAUGUGCAAAUCCUGUGUGUAGCUCUUGUUGUUACUUAAGAAUGUAAAUAAAUAACUGAAAC